AAAUGUGAAUCACCCAUCGCCAUACUUUCAUUCUGAGAAAUAAGUCCAAAAAUGAAAAUCCCAUACGUAGAUAUGUAUUUAUAUUUAUACAUAAGCCAGUCGCAGGUAUAUACAUAUGUAUAUGUAUUCAGGCCACUUUGUUAGCGCGAUCCUUUAUUUAAAUAGCCGCUGUUAGGUGUCAAUAAUUUCCUUAGUUCAGGGUUUCUCAUUUGAAAAUCAAGUGAUCAACAUUUUCAAACAAUACUUUCAGAGUCAGAGUCCAAAAUUAGUCGAAUUUCAUUAGAAUUUCGUAAUAAUUUAUUCGGAAAAUUUGCUAAUUAGGUUUUAUUCGGGACAGUGCGUUCGAAUCCAGUAUGCCAUUCGGAUUUAAAUUGGCGCUAUUGUUCUUGUGGUUGGUGUAUUUAGAGUGUUUGUGCGUUCAAAAUGAUAAUCAGAGGCAGAUUCCUAAUGACGAUGCGUUGAAUUUCAUGAAAAAAUAUGGAUACCUUGUCAGCGACAACGGCCAAUCAGAGGCGAUAUAUUCGGAGGAAAAUUUGAGCAAUAUCAUAAAAAACCUGCAAAGAUUUGGGGCUAUAGAAGAAACGGGAGUGAUCGAUAACGAAACAGUGAAGCUUAUGGGCUCUCCAAGAUGUGGAGUUCCUGACAUCAUCCCAACCGGGAACAGCAGCAGAAGAAAGCGAUUUGCUACAAUCAGUGGAUGGAAUAAACGCCACCUCACCUACUACAUCUCAAAUUGGUCUGCUAGACUGGGAGAAAACGCAGUGGCUCGAAACAUUCAAAAAGCCCUAGACAUUUGGGGAGGAUACGGCCGCCUAACAUUCACACGAACUCAAAGUCCAGACGCCGACAUCAUUGUGGCAUUUGGGCGUCAACAUCAUGGAGAUAUAUACCCAUUUGAUGGUCCAGGAGGAGUUCUAGCCCACGGCUUCUUCCCAUCGGGCUCCGAAAGAGCAGACGAGGGAGGAGACAUCCACUUCGACGACGAAGAAGAAUGGAUAGACGGCAAAAGCGCCUCUAAGGAAACCGGCGGAUCAGAAAGCACGGACUUUUUCACCGUCGCUCUUCAUGAGCUGGGGCAUUCAUUGGGGCUGGCGCAUUCUGAUGUCUCCACUUCGGUUAUGUUCCCAUACUAUCAGGGAUGGGAUGCCAAUUCACAGAACUACCUGGACUAUGAUGAUAUUUUGGGAAUGUACCGCUUAUACAUUCAAAGGCGACUAAAAGAGGACGAGAUGACGCCGCAACUGUACCCAGAAGAAACCACCAGCACCAGAAGACCCUGGAGCAGAGAGCCCGAACAAACCACUCCAGGGGGUCGUGAGAGGGAGGAGUCCACUGUAUCUGGCAGGCGGCGGAAUCCAUGGUUUGGAAACAGACACCACCAUCCAACGACUUUUUACCCGCGCACUUCAACACCAGCCUCCGAGGACCGCACCAUAUUAUAUCAAGGAGAUGAUGAAUCUGUGGAGGUGCAUAAGAAUCAUGAUCCUCAUCACAAGCCUGGUAAAAACCACUCCCCAAGCCUGCCCUACAUUUGCCAGGGACACUUCGAUGCAGUGGCCACUUUAAGAGGAGAGUUGUUCAUUUUCAAGGAUGAGUACCUCUGGAGAUUGAGCGACAUGGGAGCGAUGGUGCGGGGUUACCCGAUUUUAAUUCGCGAUAUGUUCCAACAGUUGCCCAAAUCGGUUAAAAAAAUCGACGCUGCCUAUCAGCGACCGGAUGGUAACAUUGUUUUAUUCACCGGGGAUAAACUGUGGGUGCAUAAUGGGCGAGAGUUUGUAGAAAAUAGUCCACUACCACUCAGCUACGUUGCUUUACCUGAUUAUCUGCAUGGCAUAGAUGCUGCUCAGAAUUGGGCCAAAAACGGGAAGACCUACUUUUACAAAAAUGACCGCUUUUGGAGAUUUGACGAGUCGUCGAAGACUAUGGAUCCUGGAUAUCCCAUGCAUAUGGAGCGAUGGCAUGGAGUUCCAUCGAAUCUGGAUGCAGCCGUUACUUGGAAAGACGGAAAUACAUAUUUCUUCAAAGGGGAGUUGUUUUGGAAGUUCGACAAUACCUGGAUCAUGGCAACGACAACAUCCCCGCUCCCAAUAGCGCCCAUAUGGUUAGGGUGCCACGAAGAAGCGCUAACUAAGCCAAUUAUGAAACGCCUUUUUGGGGUAUAAAGAAACUGGACAUUGUUUCAUGUACAAAUCAAA